CCAUGAUGAGGUGGAUCAUGAAGGACGAGGGCGGGUGGCUCAGGAAGGCGUUGAAGGUUCGCAGCACCUGCGAGAGAGAAAGCAAGCAGCAGCAGACACUGCAGCUGCAGACGCAUGACGUGAAGCGUGUUGGCCAUGUUUGCGUGCGCACCUCCAGAGGUUCAUCGAGGUUGUCAGGCUGUGCAGUGAGUGUGAGCGCAUUGCAAUGAGUCUGUCGGCCGUCUGCGGGUGGUCGUGCGGCCGGCCCAGGUUGUAGUAGAGGUUCAGCGCCCACAGACCCACUCGGUAGUCAUACUCAUCCUGACACCUGAGGCGCACACACCAACCGCACAACACAGAGAUGCCGUCCACUGCACAUGUGCUCUGUGUAUCUGUGUGCGCGCCUACACUCUCCAGACGCGAAAGAGGUGUUGCGGUCCGAUCUGCGGCCACAGGUGCUGCCUGUGCAGGAGCGUCUCCUUGAGCUCUGACGCGGCCAACUCAGCCUUCGUCAGCUGACGCAACACAGUCUCGCCGGUCGGCAGGCGGGCACGCAGACACCGAGAUGUGUGCAGACUGCGCACUAGGGGGCAAGGCACACAUACGUGAUGAAUGCAUUGCCGCAGACAAGUGGAGUGCCUGCCCCGAAGGGCAGGCGUGUCCGUAAAACAGUAAAAGCGAAUGUUUAGGAAAUCUGUGAAACUGCAACAGAUUGGCAAAAUUCGUUUUCUUUUUUCCUCCGUCUCGUUUGGCUGCCGAACGACAUGCGAAUGGGAUCAGAAGCGAGAGCAUGCUGUCUAGUUUUGCUUAAUCAAAAUAGCUCUCGCGUGCGCUGCCUACACGCAUCGGAAUUCCAC